AUGUCUUUUCAUACUCGUUUGCUUAAAUCGCUAAAUGAGAAACCGAUUGGAAAUGGAGCUUAUGGAGAUGUUUAUCGCCUAAUAGACAGUGAACCUGAAGCUGUAAUCAAGGUGCUCAAGAAGUUGCCUAAAGGUUGGGUUGAAACGUUGAAAGAAGAGUGUGAUGCUUUGAAAAGCCUCCGUCACACGAAUGUCGUUCAAUAUUUCGGCUUUAUCGAGGAAUCGAUAAAUGGGGAACAGAUCCGUGGAAUUUUGAUGGAAUAUUGUGCCGGCGGAUCAUUGGAUAAAUGGGUCUUCGAUGCCGCAAAAACGUAUACAAUGCAUACGGUCGUUGCGUGGGGUGAAGGCCUUUUGAAUGCACUCGUACAUAUGCAAGAAAAGAAUCGAAUACAUCGUGACAUCAAAACGAGCAACACUUUGUUGACAGAAGAUUUUACGAUAAAAAUUGGUGAUUUUGGCUUGGCCAUGGAAAGCUCGGAAACAUUUUUCGGCGAAUUUGCCGGUACUCGACGUUUCAUGGCACCGGAAGCGCUUUUUGCAGCUGAAAAGGGAUGCGAGUUUUCAAUCAAAGGCGAUCUCUAUGCAGUGGGUCUUGUUCUCUGGGAAAUAAUCGAAAGAAGGAAAGUUUUCUCCGACAAAUGUGAUACUGUCAAUAGCUACAAAAUGGCAUUAGACAAAAUGAUAAAAGAGCUCGAAUGUCCUGAGAAAAUUAAAGAUGUUCUAAAAAGUAUUCUUGUUUUCGAGUCAGUCAAUCGAUUACCCGCAAAGGACGCUUUGGAUCGUUUUGAAGCUUGGCGAGAGAAGUAUCGUACUUCUGGACGUUUCGAGUUCCCACCAUCUAGCAGAAAUGACCAAAAGCAGCUGAUCCGCCCAAUCGGAUUUAAUGACACAAAAGAAGAGAGUCCCGUUGACUCUGAUGACAAUACACUCCCCGAUCCUAAAUUCGAACAAAAACUCACACAUCUGCAGUGGUGUGUACUUAUUUCCAUCAACAGCAAUGAGAAUUCCGUGAUGCAUCUCUCCAAUAGGUUCUCCAUUUGUGUACACGACUGGCAUCUUGCUAUCGAACAAAAGCAUCCAAUCGAGUGGCCGCCUCUUUUGCCAUGG